AUGCUGUUCUCGGGCCUGUUGUUUGGGGUUACCACUCUCCUGGUGGUACUGACCGGAUGUUGUACCGGACAGGAACCACCGGCAGAAAAGCGUCUCCAUAGCGACCUGUUAGUGCGGGGCAGAUACAGCAAACUCAUCCGUCCUUCCGGUACUGACGGUAAUAGUAGCGUCCAGAAGCUGACGGUCAAAUUGGGCAUGCGCCUUACACAACUCCUCAACAUGGACGAGAAGAAUCAGAUCAUGACGACAAGUGUUUGGCUCCGACAAGAAUGGAUUGAUGGGCGACUGAAAUGGGACCCGCGGGCAUACGGAGGCUUGCAAGUCACACAUAUUCCCUCAAAUGACCUCUGGCGGCCAGACAUUGUCCUAUACAAUAAUGCGGACGGAGACUUUGUGGUGACCCUGCUGACCAAGGCUGCUGUGCACUACACUGGUCGAGUAGUGUGGGAACCACCGGUCAUCUACAAAAGUUAUUGUCCAAUCAAUGUCGAGUAUUUCCCGUUUGAUAUGCAAGAAUGUUUUAUGAAAUUCGGUACGUGGACAUACGAUGGACAUCAGGUGGAUUUACGUCAUCUUUGUGACUCCAAAGCCGUCAUGGUGGGGGAAAACGAACAGGUGAUAGACAGAGGUAUCGACAUCCGGGACUUUUACCAGAAUGUGGAGUGGGACAUCAUUAACGUGACUGCGAGGCGGAAGGAGAAAAAUUACCCGUGUUGUGAUCAGCCGUAUUACGACAUCAUGUUUAACAUCACGUUAAGACGUAGGACUCUCUUUUAUUCUCUCAACUUGAUCAUGCCAUGUCUGUCCAUUUCGUGUCUAACUGUACUAGUGUUUUACUUGCCCUCUGACAGUGGGGAAAAGAUCACACUCAGUAUAUCCAUCCUCCUGGCCCUUACCGUGUUCUUCCUGCUGCUGUCCGACAUUAAUCCGCCCACCUCGCUCGUCAUACCGCUGAUCGGGAAGUACCUUUUGUUUACUAUGAUUGUGGUGACUAUGUCUAUAUUUCUAGCAGUUUACACUCUAGGAAUCAACUUCAGAACUCCAACAACACAUAAAAUGAAGCCAUGGGUUAAACGUGUGUUUACAGAAAUUCUGCCAAGGAUUUUAUUAAUGAAAAAGCCCGACUUAGAAAGGAAACAGAAAGUGCCCAUUCGGACGGUAAACGGAAUAGAAAUGAGGGAGGUGAGAAAUAUAUAUAGCGGUACUGGAUCAUCAUCUCCUAGCACCUCAAAGUGGAGAGACUCCCAUCCGUAUGAUAACCUCCAUCACAGAAACAUGUCCGAAGAGAGAGCGGAAAUGAACAAAUAUCCGGCGGAAGUACGAGAUGCCCUCCAGGGCGUGACGUACAUCGCUAAUCAUCUUCGGUCAGAAGACGACGACAACUCGGAAGUUCGAGACUGGAAGUACGUUGCUAUGGUGAUGGAUCGUUUAUUCUUGUACAUUUUCACGACAGCCUGUGUUUGUGGUACAUUGAGUAUAUUUCUGUAUGCGCCCUCCCUCUACGACAAACGUCCUCCACUUAACAAGGACGCCACUGACAAUUGUACAAUUUAGGUCACGCAUGUGCUAAUUAAAACACGUGAUAAGGAUUCGCCUAUGAAUGCCACUGAUCCAACCAUUGUGA